AUGUCGAACAACAAAGAUGAUGGGGCUGCCGAGAGGAUCAAAGCCGCCGCCUUAUCCGCUGCCAAGGGCCUCAGCCGUGCUCAGGCUGAGCGGGCAGCCACUGCAGCUGCCCGUAACGUGAACGCCUAUGGCCAGAAGGAAGAAGGGCCGAGCAGGUGGCAAGAGAGGAAAGAGGCAAAGCGCCAGAUGUACCUGAUGAGCACUGAGAAACAAGUUCGGCUGGGCGAACGCAAGGAUCUCAAGAGCUCAACCUCGACUUUGUCCUCUGCUGCCUCCCAAUGCCAAAAAUGCUUCCAGACGGGCCACUGGACUUACGAGUGCAAGAACGAGCGCGUUUACAUCUCGAGGCCUUCCCGAACUCAGCAACUCAAGAAUCCUAAGCUCAGGAUGAAGGUGUCCAUAUCGUAUGAUCUGGACAGCAACCCAGAUGCCCCGGCAGAGGAAAAGAGCAAGAAAACUGAAAAGAAGAGCAAGAGGAAGCAUAAGUCUGAUAGUGAGGCUUCAGUUUUCGAGUCUGACAGUGGGGGCUCGUCAGUUACAGGGUCAGAUGAUGGAUCGUCCGGGGAGAGCGAGUCGAGCUACAGCUCGUCGACUGAUUCGGAGGAGGAGAGGAGGAGGAGGAGAAAGAGCAAGAAGAAGAAGCAGAGGAAGAGAAGGCACAGGAGGUAUAGCUCGUCUUCCGAGUCCUCGGAUUCAGAUUCUGGCUCAGAUUCGGAAUCUGAGGGAAGGAGGAGCCGAAGGAAGGGGAAGAGCAGGAGGCAUGGCAGGAGGCACUGA